UGUCAACCCCAGACACGGCUCGGUUCUAGGCCAUCCUGCAGACCUUCGGUUUGCGUCCUUUCGUUGAUCUCAGUAUCAUCACACUCAUUAUCGACUUCGGUCAACUUACAAUCUUUCCCCCUUAAUACCUUAAUCACUCACAUCAUGUCUUCUGUCUCUUCCGUUGGCCCAUACGGCGGCCUCAACGGUUACUGGGGUCAAUAUGGCUCCGAUCCCAUGAAGUCAUACUGUGAUAGCGGCGUGGAAUACAUCUCCAUCGCCUUCGUCAACCGUGCUCCCGAGCAUGAGGCUUCAGGCUGGCCAGGUACCAACUUCGCCGGCCACUGCCCGGGAUAUAGCUUCAGAUAUGGAGAUGCUCUUCAGUACGAGUCAAACCUGUGGGAAGAUUGCUAUCUGAUCCAGGAGGGCAUUCCUUACUGUCAAAAUCUUGGUGUCAAGGUUCUGCUUAGUAUCGGCGGCGACUACAACGAAGCGACCAGCAACUAUGAGGUCACUACCGAGGAUAAUGGUCGCGAAUUUGCCGAUCUCUUGUACAAGAUGUACGGCCCCAAGCAAGACUCCUGGGAUGGUCCCCGCCCUUUCGACAGUCUCCUGUACGGAUCACAGAGCGUUGAUGGUUUUGACUUCGAUAUCGAGAAGGGUUUUGGUAACUACGACGCAAACACUGGCUAUGACAACUCGCCCUACAUCGCUAUGGUCGAUGAGCUUCGCACCUUGGACUCUUCGCUUAUCAUCACUGCUGCUCCCCAGUGCCCGAUCGCUACUCAAUACUUCUACAUGAAGGAGCUGAUCCAGACGUCAAAGCUCGACGCACUCUUCAUUCAAUUCUACAACAACGAGAAUUGCGAUUUGAUCGGCAGCGGAACAAAUGCUUACGACAACUUCAACUAUGAGGCUUGGGAACAAAUCCUGGCUGGUAGCGACCAGAGCAAGGAUGCCAAGAUCUUUGUCGGUCUCCCAGCCGACUCGUCUGCCGCUGGUACUGGCUACGUCACUCCCGAUGUCGUUUCGGAAGUUGUCCAGUACCUCAAGGACAAGGCUUCCUUCGGUGGUAUCUCGCUUUGGGACCUGAACCGAGGCGCUUCCAACAAGGACGCGGAUGGCAAGUCAUUCAACGAUGCCGUCCUCGAGGGUCUCGGCGUCACUGUCACACCCCCUUCCACGACGACCACUGCCGAGACAACUACUGCCGAGACAACCACUGCUCAAACAACUACUGCCGAGACGACUACUUCUGAGACGACUACUGCUGAGGCGACUUCUACCGAGACAACCACUGCUGAAGCGACCACUACAGAGACAACUACUGCCGAGACAAGCACCGCCGAGACAAGCACCGCCGAAACGACCACUUCUUCCACUGAUGUCUCGACCGCCGAGAACACUCCCACUGGUCCUUACAGCACUCCCACUGGCACUCCCACCGGUGCUACCACCGAUAGUACUUCUACCGGCUCCGAUAACACUUCUACCGGUCCUUACAGCACUCCCACUGGCACCUCCACCGGUGCUGCUACCGAUAGCACUUCCACUGGCUCCGACAGCACUUCUACCGGCCCCAACAACACCCCUACUGACACUCCCACCGGCGCUGCUACCGACAGCACUUCCACUGGCUCUGACAGCACGUCUACCGGUCCUUACAGCACUCCCACUGGUACUCCUACUGGACCUGCUACUGAGAGCACUUACACUGUCUCUGACAGCACUUCCAUUGGCACUCCCACUGGCCCUGCCACUGACAGCACAGCCACUGGUUCUGACAGCACAGCCACUGGUUCCGACAACACAUCCACUGGUUCUGAAACCACAUCAACUGGCUCUGGCAGCACUCCUACUGGCUCCGAUAGCACUCCUGUUGGCACUCCUACUGAUAGUACUCCAACUGGCUCCGAUAGCACUGCUCUUGGAUCUGCUACCGAUAGCACGACGACUGGAUCCGCUACCGACAGCACCGCUUCCGGUGCUGCUACCGAUAGCACGGCCACCGAAACCGAGGCUACUAGCUCUGCUACCGACAGCACUUCUUCUGGCGCCGAGGCUACCAGCACCGACAGCACUGCUUCUGGUACGCUGACCACCAGCGUCCCCAGCGGCGGUGCUUCCACCACUGAGUCGGCUAGCAUGACUACCAGCACCGUCUACACCACUCACGUUUACACCGUCACCAAGUGCCCUGCUUCCGUAACCAACUGCCCUGCGAACCCCUAUGUUACUACUGAGGUUGUCGCUCUCUACACCACGGUGUGCCCUGUCACCGAGGCUGGUAAGCCCGCCACAAAGACCAGCAAGGCGUCCAAGCCCGACGUUACCUACGCUGCAGUCUCCGAGGAGGUUAAGACUGUCUACACGACCAAGGUGCACACCAUCACUAAGUGCCCUGCGUAUGUGACCGACUGCCCGGUUGGCUCUGUUACUACUGAGGUUUCCUCCUACACUACCACGAUUGCCCACAUCACUGAAACCACAGCCGCCGUAUUCGAGGAGGAAAUUCCCGAGGUCAAGACUGUUUACACGACCAAGGUGCAUACCAUCACUAAAUGCCCUGCUUAUGUGACCGACUGCCCUGUUGGCUCCGUCACCACGGAGAUUUCCUCAUGGACUACUACCGUUGCGAAGACAACCGAGACUGCAACUAUCGAGGUUCCCGCGGAGUCCGUCCCCGAGGAGACCACCACGGUAAAGGCCACUGGCACGAUUUACACAACCGUCGUUGUCCCCCCGGCUACUCUUGAGGCAUCAAGCAAGCCCAUUGCUGCUGCCACUGGCUCAAUCUACACAAGCAUCAUUGUCCCUGCAGUGACUCUGGAGACGUCAAGCAAGCCUAGUGCCACUACCUAUGAGUCCGAGGCCGAGACAACCUACAAGCGACCCGAGGGAGUUGCGGCGCCUACUGGCGGAUGCGUCGGCGAAGGUUGCUCCGCCACAACGUACGCGUAUCCCUCGUCUCCUUCUGCUACGAUUCAGCCCGUGACUGCCGGUGCCUCAACUCUUGGCCUCGGAAUGACGGUUGUGAUCGCCGCUGCCGCCCUCCAGAUGUUUGCUCUGUAACGGAGGAAAUGUCCGGUUGGGUGUUUGUACUUUUAACGUUUUCGAUUUUCUGUCAUGGAAUUUUGUCGAGAGUUGGCAAAGGCGUCUCAGUGGGUGUCGCGGCUCACAUUGGUUGCGCCUUGUCAAGCCCCUGUCACAUAUUCACCGCCUAUUUAUUGUACAUUUAUUGAUGAGACAAGUGGAAAUAUGAAUGGCUACCUUGCAUGAUGGGGGAAUUGAUGACCUUUGUCAGCGGCGAUGUGGCGGGCGUCGAGUCGAGUCCACGUA